AUGUUCAUCUUUGCGUUUCUCAACAUGUUGUACGCCUACCUCAUACAACUGAGCAAGCCAUACCGCGACAUUCUGACGGUGCGUUUUACGGAACUGACUCAGCAGUACUCGGGACCCGAUAUAACGCGAAACGUACUGAUCCUGCAUCUCAUAGACUAUCCUGAAGAGAUCGCCAACGAACUUCAAGAUUACGACCUUCCACAGAGAUUCAAGGAAGAAGUAUACGCAUGUGCAUGGGAAUACACGCGCUGCGUGAUUCCCCAAUACACUAACUGGGGUCGUUACGUGGCUUUCAUGCGCGUCAUCAUCAUCGGUAUCAUCGCAGAAUGCAAAGGCGACCUGAUGGAAGUAACAGUUACUGACAAAUUUCUGGGCCAGGAUCUCACUGCCAUUCUUGCCGAUCUCUUCCAAGGUACUCCAGGCCAUGCGGAUAUGGCUCGCGAGUUUCGCUGCUUCCUUCUCAUUACAGCAGACAAAGCCAGCAAGCGACGUGAUGGUUUGUUGUUUCGACGAUACGUUGCCGCACUCGCCAAGUCGCCACGACAAUGGUUCCGCAUGCGAGACAACGAUGCUUUACUCCGCUUCACCAUCGGCGAUGCCCUGGCUUGCAACGACCUUGACGACGUCUGGUACACCGAAGAGCAAUUCGAAACCCUGGACGAACUUGGCGCAACGCUCUAUGAAAGCGUAGCCUUCUUCAAACAUCGGUCUGAGGGAGAGACAAACUCCACGUUCGCAUACGUACCUCCAAACAUCCGUAUCAAGGCUUUUCACCAAUGUCGUGAGUUGCUCUGGGCUCUUGAUGUUGCUUGGGCUAGCAAACUGGAGCAUCUCGUCAUCAUCAACUUCUUACGCUUCUUCGGUGGUCCCAUACACAUGAACGGAAUGAUGAUUGGUCUUCCCGAGACCUCCACUGUUGUCAAACAAGCACGCCAAAAUAUCAAACUCUGGAACCGCGUUGACGUGGAGAAUGGGAAUGUCCAGGACGUCAAGCGCUACAACCAUCUGAUUGCGAGAAGACCUGUGAACACGGUCAACAUCGCGAGACUUAUGUUGUGGGGUGCGUACGUUGAGUCUUUCCCUGAUCGGGUUGCGGAUGUGUUCCAGGAGAUCAAGAACGUGAUGACAGAUUGA